AUGCCUCUCGAUACAGUCAAAAACAUCGUCCUCGUGCUGUCCGGCAAGGGCGGCGUGGGCAAGUCCAGCAUCACAACCCAGCUCGCUCUGACCCUUUCACUACAAGGCUACUCUGUCGGCGUGCUAGACAUAGAUCUCACAGGACCCUCAAUUCCAAGAUUUUUCGGUAUCGAGGAUUCGAAGGUUCGACAAGCGCCCGGAGGCUGGAUACCGGUUCCUGUUCACGAUGCUCAGCCCCCACUGCCACCCCGCGAUCCCACUACUACAACUGCGCAGAAUCCUAUAGGUGCACUUUCUUGCAUGUCCUUGGGCUUCAUACUGUCGUCUCGCUCCGACGCUGUCAUAUGGCGCGGUCCUAAGAAGACGGCCAUGGUCCGCCAGUUCCUCUCCGACGUCCUAUGGCCUGACAACCUCGACUACCUCCUCAUCGACACGCCGCCCGGUACCUCAGACGAACACAUAUCUCUCCUCGAAACUCUCCUCAAGACAGUUACACCAUCACAACUAUCAGGGGCAGUGGUUGUGACUACGCCGCAGGCCAUAAGCAUAUCUGAUGUCAAGAAGGAACUGAACUUCUGCAAAAAAGUCGGCCUACGGGUGUUGGGCGUGGUGGAGAAUAUGGCAGGCUUUGUUUGCCCCAACUGCAGCGAGUGCACGAACGUGUUCAGCAAAGGAGGCGGAGAGAUCAUGGCUAGGGAGUUCGAGGUCCCUUUCUUGGGCAGCAUACCGAUCGAUCCAGCCUUCGUCUACUUGAUUGAGGAAGGCAUUCGACCGGUGUAUCCUCAGGGCACACUCAUCGCAGGCAAGGAGGUCGGCAGCCAAGAGGUCCAGGCGCAACCCACAUCAUCUUCCGUCAAUGGGCAGGCCUCGAAGGAGCAGACUUCCGGUCUGUUGGUUGACAAGUACCGGAGCUGCUCGCUAUCUCCGCUCUUCGAUGGCGUAGUAUCAGGUCUCGUUGCAGACAUUGCGAGUCGUCGCGCAUUGCCUUGA